AUGCCAAUUCAGACUGCCCGGCGUAUUCUCAAGGACAUGGAUUACUCCACGCCAUUCGCGCAAAGGCUCCACUUCAUUCAAGCUUUGGCGGCUCUGUCGGCGGCGUACGCAGACGAAGCCUCAAAGAUCGCCCCAGGGCCGAACCGGAAGGUUCGGGAGCUGCUGUGGGGCGCAGCUUCUGCCGACCGCCUGGAGUGGUAUCUGAACAACACCCGGGCACGGCGUUGCAUGAAGUCAUCGCAUCACUCUAUGCUUCACGUGGGGACUUCGAGCAAUGAGGCAUUGCAUCGGGAAAUCAACGCCUGGUUCCGCGAGACGCAACAAAUUCAUCAAGCGACCUUGAAGUUGAAGCUGUUCAUUCUUCAACAUGCAAAGCUUCUGUCUCACAAUGCUGCUAUGUACCACCACACAAUCUUUUCAACACAGCCAAGCCAUGGUACUGGCAAGGGCGGCCAGUCUGCCCGCGUGGACCUUGCAGCAGUGGAGAGCCUGGUGCCCUGA